UUUGCUUAGGUCCGUUUAUUCCCUCCCUUCCGUAUCUCAAACCCCUCUCAUUCAUUCAUUUUGUAUGAGUUUUUUCAUGGAAUCCCUACAAUUCACACCACAGUCCUACCAACUCCAAUUCCAUUUCAUGAACAAACUCUCUCCCAAAUUCAAACCCACAAUUUCCUCCAUUCACUUCAGGACCUUUUGUGAUUCUUCUUCUUCUCCUUCUACUACCCUCACCCAAACCCAGAAUCCGAGUGACCCUCAAAUCAUAGUUCCUAACAGAAAGCGUAGGGUGAAGGCUUCUUCUGAUACCCAAUUCAAAGAGAAUUGGUUGGCUUCACUCUCUUACCCUUUUCCAGAAAAGACGCAUCUUUUGAGUGGAGAGCAUGAACCGACCCACCAAAAUGAUGGCUCUAAAUGGGUCCUUGGAAUUGAUCCAGAUGUCUCUGGCGCUGUUGCACUCUUGAAAACACACGGUUCUGUUUGUUCAGCUCAGCAUAUGCAGGUAUUUGACUCUCCUCAUGUGAAAAUACUUGUCGGCAAGAACAAGAGGACCCGAAGACGCUUAGAUGCCAAGUCUGUUGUUGAGUUGGUUUGUGGUUUCGAUGCUCCAAUUGGAACCACUGCAUUUAUAGAGCAGUCACUCCCUUAUCCGCAAGAUGGGAAGCAGGGCUGGUGGAGUGGAGGAUUUGGGUAUGGGCUGUGGAUUGGCAUCUUAGUUGCCUCAGGAUUUUCUGUUAUUCCAGUGCCAUCGUUUACUUGGAAAGCAAAAUUUGAACUCUCUGGAAACGGGACUACAAAGGAUGAUAGCAGGAGAAUUGCAUCUACAUUAUUUCCUUCAAUGACUUCCAUGCUAAGUAGGAAAAAAGAUCAUGGAAGGGCAGAGGCUUUACUAAUUGCAGCAUAUGGGCAAGACCAAAACAAAACCUUGAAACCUUCUUGUUGUGACACCAUCCUCGACAAUUUAGAAAACUGAAAAUUCGCAUAUUUAAGAGCUUCAGCCCCUCCCUUCUCUUUCCAUGUAAUUUGGCUACCAUUUGUAAUUGUUCUAAAUAGUAAUAGUAUUGUGAACUUUAUUUUAGUUAUUUUUUUUGGUAGUUAGGCAAGGGAAGUCUACGGACUCAGAACACUCAAGGAUUAAUCUUUUUUUUUUUUAUCUGUGAAAAUCAUACAGUUUAUUCAUUUUGAUGUCUACAUAUAUAUUAUAAAAUAUAUCCAUAUUUUAUUUAGUUAUAA